GAGCAAACUCAUGGAGGCAAAUCCAUUGAAUGGUGUGAAAUUGUUGAAGCCUUGAGCUUGAAAUCCAGUAUUACUCAGAGUCAGAGAAUUCAUCCUGGAGAGAAACCCCAUCAAUGCCUUGACUCUGGGAAAGCCCUCACAGAUUGUUCACAUCUUAAGCCAUGUGACAAAAUUCUUCAUGGGGAAAAAUCCUGUGAAUAUAAGAAAGAUGAAAAUACCUUCAUCAAGAGCUCUUAUGUAGCUGUGCGCAAGAGACAACAUACAAGAGAGAAAUCCUGUGACUACAGUGUCUGUGGAGAAGUCUUAACUUCAACCUUAGACCUUAAGAAGCAUAAAAAAACUCACAGGGAGAAAUCCUUUCAAUGUAGUCAAUGUGGUAAAGUAUUACAGAACCACUCAUCCAUGAAGUUGCACAUGAGAACCCACACUAGAGAAAAAUGUUUUAAAUGUAAUCAAUGUGAGAAAACCUACAGCUCAACCUCUUACCUUACACGGCACAAAAGAAUUCAUACUGGGGAGAAGCCCUAUGAAUGCCGUGACUGUGGAAAAACUUUCAGGGAUAGCUCACUUCUCAGACAACAUCAAGGAAUUCAUUCAAAAGAAAAACCCUACAAAUGUAAUCAGUGCAGCAAAACCUACAGUAGGAGCUCUGCGCUGACUGUGCACAAGGCAAUGCAUACUGGAAAGAAACCCUAUACAUGUGAUGAUUGUGGGAAAACCUUCAGUAUUCUCCCAUACCUUAGAAGACAUGAGAGAAUCCACACUGGAGAGAAAUCCUUUAAAUGUAGUCACUGUGGAAAAGCACUAAGUAGUCAGUCAUCCCUAAAGACACACCUGAGGAUACAUACCGGAGAGAAACCUUACAAGUGUGAUCAAUGUGGAAAAACUUUUAGAAUGAGCUCUAAUCUUAUUGUGCACAAGAAAAUCCAUACUGGAGAGAAACCCUGUAAGUGCAAUGACUGUGGGAAAGCCUUCAGGGAUCGCUCAUGCCUUAAAGAACAUGUGAGAAUUCAUACUGGAGAAAAACCCUUUUUGUGUAAUCAAUGUGGAAAAGCCUUCAGGAUAAAAUCUUUCCUGACUUUGCACAAGAAAAUUCACAUGAGAAUGAAAGAAUAUGAAU